AUGUCGGAUAUGUCAGAAUCGGACGUUGUCCAGGAGGGUAUCGAUAGCUUGAGUAUAUUGUCAAGUGGAAUUGACUUAGAUGUGGAAGAAUGUAGCGAUGUAUUAACAGUAGAUUUUACUGAUGAUUCAACAGAUAUCAUUAACGUUUUGUAUAAUUUUCAUGCGAAGCAUGAAUCAAUUAUUGCUGAAUUUGCCGAUGUUGAAAUAUUUUUAAUUUCUAUCGAUGCCCUUUUAAUCGAAUUAACAGCCCACGAUUAUUUGAACUGGACUUUAGGAGGGCAGACAAUCGUUAUAGCAAAUCAGAUCGAUAUUUUUUUAAAUCAACUUAAUGAACUGGGUGGGAAAUUUAAAUUGAUAUGGUUUACUGAUUUGCUCACCAUUUAUCGCAAGUAUACGGUUCUGAAUUUUCUACGUUCUUUUGUUGCUGCAUAUCUUUUGCAAAGUCGGUGGUCGUCUGAAAUUGAAGAAUUCGAUAAUCCAAGAGACCAGACUUGGUCCAGUUAUUUACGUGAACUUACACCAUCUUUUUUGAUGACUGAUAUUGGAAUGCCAUCUAAAGCAAUAGUACCUGAAGAAGAGCCAAACUAUCGUCUAAUGUUGGCUUCGAUAGUUCUUCAAACACUGGCUUCUGCAGUGCCAGUUGUUUAUUUGAGCGGUUUGAUAAAAAACUUUUGUUCCAUCAUAUGUCAUAGGAUCGAGCCAGUUAUUGUUGAUUUUAAAGGAUGGGAUGUUUUUUUGGCAAAAGUAUGGUCUAAUAAGCCCAAAAGAUUGAAACGUUCAUUAGAUUUAAGUUCAAUGGAAAAUAAGGCUUAUUUUUGGUCGAAGAUCAUAAGAGAAUGCAAGGACAGCGGUAAAUUUGAUAAUAAAUUUGAUGUUCUUGCUCUUUCUCUAUUAAUAUCAACCCUAGUCAUUGAAAAACGUGGUAAAGAUCGAAUAUAUCUGCCUGAAGUAGAUUUUCCUCGAAGAGGUAUGGACCAUAUAGCCCACCGAAGGAUUUUACUAACUGUAUGUUCGCAGUAUUUGGAUACCAUUGAUUUUAAGAACAAGCCUUUGAAAUUUUCAUUAGCGGAUUUGUGGGACGGACGUUUUAUUAUCAAUAUCUUCGAUCACAUUAACGCAGGAAAGAAGGUUUCCCCAUAUCGGAUCCAGAAUGAAUUAGUCGUUUUUCAUGAAUUGUCAGCUUUGGAAGUUUCUCUUGAAGUCGAUAUGAAUGAUCAACUUUUUGACGCAGUGCCCGUAAAUGAUGCACUUCUCAACCAUGUUAUGCUACUGGAAACGGAUUGUGCUCUGUUACAUAAUUUUCUUCCAAAAUACAAAGAAGCUAUCGGAAAAUUUAAUCGUAUUGAGGAGCCAGAGGUUUUCGAACAAUUCCGGAAAGUCGCAGGAUGGCGAUUUCAUCCCAUCCAACCACUAUAUGCUAAACCCUUAGAAAAGAUUGAUGAUGAUUCAUUUAACAAAGAUAGGCAGCGUCUUUAUCCGCUAAUUUAUAUCUAUUUUGUUAUUUUUUUCGUUUAUUUGGGCGUAAAUAUAGGUGCGAAAGGAAAGAAAGAACCUGCAAAAUCAAAAAAGGAUUUGAUUCUUGAAGCAAAUCAGCGCAAAAAAAAUGAAAAACAAAUCGAUUCCGAGAAACAAAUGAUCUCAUAUGCGUUAAUGCAGGGCAAUGAUGCCGCAUUUAUUUUGGAAAAGCUCAUGGGCAAACUUGAAUUGGACCAAUCUCGUGCACUUUGCACUUACGAAUUAAUCACUCGUCUUUCUCGUGAUAUUAAUGCAAUUGAUGGCCCUGCUUUCAUAGAGCAGCGUCGUAAGAAAGCUGUGCCUAUAAAGAAAUCGAAAUUCCUCUUGAAAGUUAUUUUAUUUUCUAGUCAUUUCCUUUUUGUAAGACUAGCUUUCCAGGUAACUGAUCUGUGGAAGUCCCUAGGUUUUGACCUUACGGGAAAACCAGCAAAUUAUUCACAGGAACGACUUUCGUUGAAUAUAAAUAUGAUAUAUUAUCAGCUGCAAUAUGGAGGCGAAUUGAUAGAUAUUGAAUCUGAUCCACAAAAGGACGAACGAGUAACUGGUUUUAAUCCUGAUUACUGGCAAAGAAAAAUGCUUGAUGCUGUUGAUAAAAAUAAUUCGGCUGUUAUUAUUGCGCCAACAUCAGCAGGUAAAACGUUUGUUUCAUAUUAUUGCAUUGAGAAAAUUUUGAGACAAAGCGACGAUGAUGUUGUUGUUUAUUUAUCUCCAUCUAAAGCUCUUAUAAAUCAGGUGUGUGGAUCGGUAUAUGCGAGAUUCCGUAACAAAUCUUUAACUGGUGGUAAAACCUUAUUUGGAACGCUGCAAAAUAAUUUUUAUGAGAACCCAUUGAAUUGUCAGGUGCUAGUUACUGUACCCGAGCUUUUAGAAGAUCUUCUAUUAUCAACUGAUCCAGUUAUACAAAGAGUUUGUGCUAGGAUAAAGUAUAUCAUAUUUGAUGAGGUCCAUUGUGUGAGCGCUUCACCUGAAGCUCAUAUUUGGGAACAUUUGCUACUUUUAUGUCGAAGUCCUUUCUUGGCUCUUUCUGCGACCAUCGGAAACGCGAAACAGUUGCAUGAGUGGUUAAGUGAAGUUGAACGUGAUAAAACACCAAAAAAUGUUCGACAGGUUCGAACGGAUUUGCAUUCUUUUAGCAAAUUCCAGGUCGAGUUAAUCAUAUACGAAGAGCGAUAUUCUGAAUUAGAACUUUAUUUACAACGUAUCGCACCGGUCGAUCAAACAACUGUCGAGAACUAUAAUUCAAUUGAACAUUUUAUGCCUUAUGGUAUUUAUAAGCCGUUGAAAUUAUCGAUGUUUGGAAUACCAGCGGAUCAACAGCUGACUGCGCGACAAAUUCUCGAAUUGUAUCACGCUUUGUCUGAAGUUGAUCCUGCUGUAAAAGAGAAGUUUGAACCAUGUAAAUUUUUCAAUUAUAAAGUAGGAGGUGAGAAAGUUUGGCUUACGCGUGCCAACAUUAGGCUUUUGGAGAAAAGUUUAAAAAAUGUUUUUUUGGAUUGGUUAGAAAAGGACAUUGAUAAAUUGAACAAAGUACUGCAAAAUCUAAGUCACGAAAUUAACGAUGAAUUGGACUAUAGGAGUCGACCUUUCGCUAAGCGAAACAUUGCCCGAAAAACUAUUGCACCACUAGUUCUUGAAUUGCGUGAUAAAGAUCAAUUGCCAGCCAUUUGUUUUAAUGAUGAUCGCAGAAUAUGUGAAGAAAUGGCAAUUUGUUUAUUUCAAUUUUUGGAAGAGAAGCAAAAGGAAUAUGAAGAAAGUGAAGAAUAUAGAACCAAAUAUGCGAUAAAAGAUGAAGAGAAGUUAUUGAAGUUUGCUCGGCGAAAACGUGAUAUUAAUAAAAAGAAGAGAAAAUUGAAAGGGAAAAAAAAAGAAUUUGAUUCGAAUGACAUCGAUUCUGAUCCAAGAGAAGAUCUGGAAGAACUUCGUCUUGCAGGCGAAGAUCAAGAAGAUCUUUUAACCCAACAGAGGUUUCUGCGUGAACAAGCUCUUGAAAAGCUUCGUGGACGCAACAGGGAUGAAGAUUUGUUCUUGAAAAUGAAAAAACGUUUGCUUAAAGGUAAAGUUCGGGAAACUUCUCUUCUAUUAUUGAGACUGUUUGAGCGUGGUAUAGGUUUUCAUCACCAAGGCCUUAAUACUCGUGAAAGAGGAGCCACCGAAAUUCUAUUCAGGUCUGGCUAUUUGGGUAUUAUAUUUUCGACGUCAACAUUAGCACUUGGUAUAAAUACGCCAUGUAAAACCGCUAUAUUUGGCAUUGAUACACCUCACCUAACUCCUUUGUUGUUCCGACAAAUGUCAGGUCGUGCAGGUCGCAGAGGAUAUGAUCAUUCGGGAAACGUUGUUUUUAUGUCAAUACCGACUGCAAAGCUUCGCCGAUUGUUAACGGCAAGUUUAUCAACAUUGCGAGGUAAUUUGCCUCUUACAACGUCAUUUUUGCUUCGAUUAUUCAUCUACGUUCAUCAAAAGGAAGAAGAAGGUAUUUCGAUCUAUCUAUCUUUUGGUUCCAAUUAUUUUUUUAAUCUUUUCAUUUUGAUGAAAAAAAUUUUGCAGAUUGCGCUUACUUUUUUAAAUCAUUCAUUUAUUCUCUAUACUCUACCAGAGAAAGCAGAGGCAUUGAAACGACAGUUGAAUUUGUUUGUAUUAUUCUCCGUUAAUUUGCUGCGGCGACUUAGUUUGCUUAACAAAAUGGGCGAACCAAACGGUCUUGCGCAUAUUGUUUGUCAUUUAUCAGCAAAUGAACCUGGAAAUUUGAUAUUUGCUCAUCUACUGCAAAACGGCUUGUUUCACGAAAUAUGUAAAAAUUAUAAACAUUCAAAACCACUGUUAAAAUCGAAAUUAAUAUUAAUUUUGGCUCAUAUUUUUACCAAAAAGCGUCUUCCUAUCAGUUGGAAUCCAGAUAAAAAAAAGUUACAAGAAAAAAUUGGAGAUGCUGAGGUAUGUUUAACUCCAAUGCCAGAUGAAUGCAGAAAAUUUAUUGAAGAAUAUAAUGAAGAAGUGGAACAGUUGUUUAAAGCAUUUAUGCAAUUGGUUGGAACGAAAGAUUUUUCAGAGCUGCAUGAAACAAGAAACUCGUUACAGGGCAGUGUUUUCUCUCUAACGGGUAAUUCUGAUUCUUCGGUUUCAUUAUGUACUUCAUAUAUAGUGCCUCCAUAUCAUGAAGAUUUAUCAAUUGAUAUGGGUCUCAUUCCAGCUUGUCCUCUGAAUCCAGUUGAUCAUCGCGGUAAUAAGGUGAAUUUAAAUAGAAUCUCUGAGGCUUUGUUCACUGUCGGUCGUUCGAAAGAUCCUUUUGUUGAAGUAAUGAAAGAGCUAUCCGAAGAAUAUGAUCAAAUUAUGAAACAGGUGUUCGAUAUGAAGUAG